UCCUGCGGGGCCAGGGCAUGCCCUUCCCACCGGGGCCAAGCACCCGGCCUGCAGCCGUGCCCUGCCCGGCCCCCAUUCCACUGGAAGCAGGAGGGGGGCUGCUCCCCAGUUCCCCGGUGUCACCCUGCGGGCUCCCCCAGCCCGCGGCCGCUCUCUAGGGUAAGCGAGCUGCGCUCCACAGCUCUUCCCAGCCCAGCGGAUGUUUGCGCUCUCUCCCCCGGCUCUGGGCUGGCCCCGGCAGGAAUUGUUGCAGCCUCACCGCUUCUUUCGUCCUCCCAGCCAGGAAGUCACAGGACUGCCUUUCCUCCGAGGGGCCAGCCUUUAGGAAGCCUAAAACACAAAAGAGCAAGCCAGCCCCCAGCGCGGCUCCGCUGUGCCGUGCCCUGGCCUUUAUUGCAAGCCUGGUGUAUAAUGAGGAGGCGGCAGGACGGCACAGGUCAGAGAGACUUGGAGGAUUGUGCAGGAACCGCACCGCUCACUUGCUCACAAAGUGUGCGGAGGAGUGAAUGCCCCAUGUUGUGUUAGUGCCUGUCUGCCAUGCUGGCCUGUCUGCCAGGACCAGGCGACCUCUCCUUUCAGCUUCUUUCUUACAUGCAGAUGAACACUGGACUUCAGAAAUGGGACACUACACAGAAAAUGAGAUCUGCACAGUAUCCUACCCCAGCAGAAUUGGAUGCUUAUGCUAAGAAGGUCGCCAACAACCCACUGACUAUAAAAAUAUUUCCCAACAGCGUCAAGGUUCCCCAGAGGAAACACGUACGCCGUACUGUGAACGGACUCGAUACUUCAGGCCAGAGGUACAGUCCUUACCCGCCUCAGGCCACCACCAAAACCGGCCUGCUGGCGAUCGUGAAAUCUCCCGCAAAGGGCAUCCUCAAGGACUUUGACGGGACCCGCACGCGCCUGCUGCCGGACGCCAUGAUGAACCCCCCUUCCACGCCGUACGUUGCACCUAGCACUUUAAGCCACCCCCAGGCGCUCGCGCGCCAGCAGGCUCUUCAGCAUGCACAGACUCUGCCGCACCCCCAGAGCAUCCCGCAGCACCCUCAGGGCAUCCCGCAGCCGCAGGCUUUGCCACACCCUCAGAGCAUGCCGCCGGCCCAGGGCUUGCAGCACCCCCCGAGCCUGGCACACCAGGCGCUGCAGCACCCCGCGAACCCGCUGCUGCAGCCAGGUUUACAUGGAAGCAGAAAGAUGCCGGAUGCAGACGCGCCGCCGAAUGUGACCGUGUCUACCUCAACCAUCCCCCUCUCCAUGGCUGCCACUCUGCAGCAGAGCCAGCCGCCGGACCUGAGCAGCAUCGUGCACCAGAUCAACCAGUUCUGCCAGGCCAGAGCUGGCAUUAGCACUACCUCAGUCUGUGAGGGACAGAUUGCAAACCCCAGCCCCAUAAGUCGCAACCUGCUUAUCAAUGCAAGUACCAGGGUAUCAACUCACAACGUCCCCACGCCCAUGCCUUCCUGUGUAGUUAACCCUGUCGACCACGCUGCUGCUCUGCCCUCCGCCUCCGUUAAUGUGCCCAUGGUGAACGUUAACAGAGUGCCGGCCGCGUACCAGAGCGAAAUCAAAGCGGCUGCCUGGAACCAGCACCAGCUCGCCCAUCUGCAGCAAAUGUGCGGUGACGCGGCUGGGCCUGCUGGACUGGCCGGGAAGCACCCUCAGAGAGAGCUCGCAGGGCCAGGAUUCCCUGGUAAGACAUCCAGCUACCCUCAAGAACUGUGCAUGGGCCAGUCUUUCAACUUAAAGCCUCCCCUCGAGAAGCCUACACCUUCCCCGCCUGUGAACGGGUUGCAGGGCCCCUUGCCAUAUACGAAUGGGCACUAUUUCCAGCCCAUAUGGAAUAACAUUCUGCCCACACCGAACAGUGACAGCUCUGGGUCGCAAGACCUUGCCAUGCCUUUUCACGGAGGACAGCCAGCAGGCGCGCCGCUAGAUUGUGCAGCAGGAACUCACUAUCGAGCUGGAGCUGGCUCAUCCAGCCAGAGUAACGUGAUGCAGACCAUGGAUUACCUAAGCGGGGACUUCCAGCAGUCUUGCUUCAGAGAUCAGAGCAUGGCCGUGCUGGGAAAAGUCCAUCGGCCUCCCAUGAACCGAGCGCCUGAACCAACCGAUAGUCGAAAUCUUCAUAUUCAGCACCCAGGGUAUAGAUAGGCUGCAGUCACUUUCACAGACAAAAUUAUAGGUUUAGUCUUAAUUUUAAUUAAUAAGCAAGGCAUUUUUAACUUGCAAACUUGUGUGAUCAUUAUAGUAACCAUUGAAACAAAACAUACUGUAUCUUUAAAAGCUUUGCCUCCCCAUUGCCUGUCUCCUUUUGCGUCCGGUACUUCACAUGCCUUUUGUUUCAAAGAGCUGGCUCACGCUGUUGCAUGCCACGGCUGUUCCUCCGCCACAGAGUCCCCUCUGCACAGCCUUUGCCUUCUGCUUGGUAACUAUUUGCUGGCCUCGCGUUGUUGCGGCAGGGUUCACAGCUGCAUCUGUUAGCCGGCUCUUUAAAGAGCCAGGUAGCAAUAGCUGCUUACAUUUCCAUUUCAAUUUCCUCUGACGAUUAAGAGCAAGAGAAUUUGUCAGGAAGCAGGGCUUGUUUUCAGCCCUGAAGUCCAUUUCAUUAAAUGCAUUAAACAUUGACCAUUUGCACUGUCUAGAGGCCUGUUUAAUUGAAAAGGAAGCCUGCUUUUGAAAGGAUCCAGCUAGGGUUAUCUAUUUAGGCAUUAACAUAGGCUGAAGCUCUUUUUGCUGGCGCUUGCAGAGUUCUGCAUUUAUCCUUUAGACUUUGUCCAAAGUCAAAGUCCCUUACUGAUUUUUUUUUUUCUGAACGCUUUGUUGAGGACAGGGUAUGAGAGGGUUGGCCGUUUUAGGAUGUAGGCUACCCAGCUGCAUUGGUGGCUGCUGCCUCCUCCAUCUGAUUCCCUUCCCCCUCCCUCUUUGGAAAGCUAACUACGUCUGAACCCCUCGCUGCUAGGAGUCUGGAUGUCCUGAUGCAAAGUGCUGUAGUGAGGUUUUAUCCCAGGGAUCCAGACCCGCUGACCACCCCAAAAAGGGUUCAGCUUCUCCCCUAGUGCAUAGGAUUAGUUUCAGGGUGGGGAGGCAUCACAGGAGGUCCGUCUCCGGUGCAAUGGAAGGGUGCGCGGGGCGGCGGGGCACUCACAUUCCAGCGGCAGGACCCGUGCAGGGGCAGGUAUCUGCUGCGAAGUGACGCUCCAGUCUCGAGACGUGGUGGGGCAUACGUUACCGCGCCACAGGAGAGGUUUUCUCUGGGAAGUGCUACGAAGCUAUUUAGAAAGUACCUUUUCCCCAGAGUCUUGGUGCCUAACUACUCCUCUUCUCUUCUCUCCCCACGCCACUGACAGCGUAGCGGCGUUGGUGACCGGUAGAACACUAACCCUUGGGUAACCGCCGUGUCUCGGUCUCUUCCGCGCAUCGAAAACCCCUUCUGUUUUUUUACUAGUUCGGUUUGUUGUGCGUAGAAAGCGUCUCAUCUGCAACGAGACUAAUACUUGAAUGUAAUGAUCACAAUCAAGUUUGGAAUUUAAAAAAGAAAAGUAAAUGCAUCGAUUCUUUAUAUGUACACUGGCUAAAAAUAUUGCUCUACACUGUAACUUUUAAGUGUAAUAUUUCUGUAUGAAUGUCGCCUGGUAGUGUGGGUUUGAGUAGCAUUGUGUAUGAGUGAACCCACUGGCCUCUGCCAUUCACUGGCCUCCCCUCACAGCCCUUUGAAAAACAAAGCCUUAAGUAUUUGCUCCUUGAACUGUCCUUAAUGAGCAUGGUUUAAAAUCUUAAGACAUCAUACAAAAUUUAAAAAACAAAAAACAAACCUACAAGUUUUGAAGUGACGUCCUAGUUGGCUAGAGAUUCUUAAAGUUUUUCGUAAAUGGGAAAAUUAGAAAACGUUUCUUUGUAUUUUUUUAAUUUAGACGUGUAGUUCUGGGCUGUAACAAAUAUUUAGGUUUCAAAGCUUAGCAGAGUACGUUUUCUGACUCCUUGCGUAAGGCAGUACACUUAUACCCUGUCAUUAUUUAAAUUCUUUUAAGUGUACUAUAACCGUUCUUUAGUGAUAACUCUUUAGCAAAGUUAAGCAAUUUGACUAAAGACGGAUUAAAUUAUGUGUUGGCUUGUGUUGCCUUAUAUUUAAAAAGGAAAAAUUGCCUGAUUGUGUUAUGCCAAAUGAUAGCAACAUGAAGUCCUAAUUUAUUGUUUAUAAUCGUAUUCCUGAAGUCUUUGUGAAAACUGGUAAAUAUACAUCUAUGAAAGAACUAAAACCCUGAGGCUUUUCAUGCAAUAUUUUUCUGAAUACAUUAUCUUGGAAGCCAAGGUUUGAGUCUGAAGCUGCUUCCUUCUCUUCUCCCUGUUGUCUUCCCCUCCCCCAGAUCGAUCUAGGGCUGUGCUAUGACUUUACCAUGCCCUGCUAAGUUAGUUACUGUGAGGUGUCUGCGACCUGGAUACAAGCCUUUUUACUAAAUAAAAUAUUGGUAUCUCCUCUCUGCAUUAGCCU